CAUUGCAGUGUACAUAUCCUUGAGCAGCCUCAACAUGCUGCUGUCGAUGUAGUCAGACGUAUAAGACUACGCAUCUAAGAUAUACAGCACUGCAAAUGGUUGUAAAAGGUAGGAAGAGGUUACUCAAACAUCGGUAUCACAGGCAGUCCAUGGCCCCUUGUACCUCGGCACCAGCAAAGACAUGAGUGGCCGUGACGCUUUAUUUCCGCCCUGUGGCUUGGGAUGUACACAGGCGACAGGUACCGUAGCCUACCUACUGUAGAUCGACAGAAUUUCUACUUGAUCAUCGGGCGAAGCGGAUCUACAUGUGCCUGUCUGCCGGUACAACACACUACCCACACCUCCCCCCUCCCCAUAUCUCCUGUAAGUACACCUACCACACCUAUUGGUGUACUGCAGCUGCGAUACGAGCGAGAAGAGGCAAACAAGCGUAUGUAGGUAGGCAAGUCGUGCGGCACGGGAAUCCUUUUACGACCUAAACCCAUGAAUCUGGCGCUUGCUGCAUUGGGCGUUGGUGUGGGUGUGGGGGAAAAGACAUUCCUUGUCUGUCCCUCUAGGUAUGCGUAUCGUAUGUAUGUAUGUACUACCUCUAUCUCACAAUCAGAUACCUAUCUCCUCCUCUUAACAAACAAAAUGAAUAAUGAACUUUUGGUAUCAAAGGGUGAAAGCCGUCAUGUUAUUCGAUUCUACGUAGCGGCUCCCACACCCCCCCUUGGCUCAGGGACAUGUCUGUCCAUAUACUCACACUGGACCACUCCUCCAUUACUUAGGCAGACAGCAUGGCGGAGUGCAAUCUUUAAUAUGCUAUUGUAUAUAUCAUAUCAAGACACCACGCAGAUCGUGGGAAGGGAAGUUUUCCCGGUCCUAUCCAUCUGUAUAUCUAGACAAAUAUACUUCAGGAUCGUGCCCAUUUUCAAGAUAUGGUUGCGUGCAUGUCUGAAAACUAGGAAACCUGUUAUUGUGAGAUGUACUCUGUUGGUCAACUACGUAGAUAUGAACCUAGAAGUCGAGUGGUUCGCUUAUUUGAUAGCCCGACAGCAUGACGUCUAAGGUCAAAGGAUCGCAGAUCCCAGAGGACGGGAUGGUUGUUCAUGUGCCCAUGUCUA